UUUAAACAAGUGACAUUUAACUCAUAAACUCAAAUAAAUAUUAUAUUAUUAUAAUUUUUACAAAGUGUUUAAUUAUUUGAUCACAAAUUAAAAAAUGUUGACAUUGAAAUUCGUAAAAUAUUUAUUGUUCAUAAAACUUUUAUUUAUGAAUAAUUUUACUGGCGCGAAAAACUGUAAACCUAAAAUAGCUAUAAUUGGUGGUGGAAUAGGAGGUGCUUCAACAUCUCAUUUUCUCACAAAACUAUUCAAAGGUAAUUUAGAAAUUGAUUUAUUUGAAGCUGAAACGAUUGGUGGAAGAUUAGCAACCGUAAACAUUGAUAAUGAGGAAUAUGAAGCGGGUGGAUCAAUCAUACAUGAGAAGAAUCAACUUAUGAAGUAUUUUGUUGAUUUUUUAGAUCUUGAAAAAAAAACCGUCGAUGAUAGCAGUAAAAUGGGAAUAUGGAAUGGUGAUAAAUUUGUUUUCGAACAAAGUUCCUCUGAGAUGAUGACGCUAUUUAAAUUAAUAUAUAGAUAUGGAUUCCAACCAUUCUGGUUAUAUCGACUAAUUGAUUCAAUAGUUGAUGAUUUUGGAAAAAUAUACCUUCUACAUGACAAUGGUGUUGGUUUUAAUAAUGUAUCAAGUUUAUUAUCUGCUAUGAACAAUGAAUUUCCUCAGAUGCUGCAGGUUUCUACAAAAGACUACCUCAAGGAUUUAGGAUAUUCUCCAGUGGUUAUUGAUGAACUGAUUAAAGCAGUCACAGUUGUAAAUUAUGGACAAGAUACUGAUAUUCAUAGUUUUGUGGGAUCUGUAGCGACUGCUGGAGCAGGUUCCUCAUUGUGGUCUGUCAAAGGUGGAAACAGAAAGGUACCAGAAAAUUUAAUUUACCGGAAUAAAAAAAUAAAUGUUAUUUCUGCGCAAGUUGACAAAAUUAGCUAUCUUCGAAAUAAUGGAAUAUCACAAUAUGAAAUAUUCUAUCGUGAUAAUGAAAGUUCAGAGCUCAUGAAUAAAUUUUAUGAUCUAGUAGUAAUAGCAACACCUUUAACUCAUGAUCAUGAAAAAUUAAUUCAAUUUAAAAACCUACCAAAGAAUAUUAAUCAAGAAUACGAGAAUGAAUAUCAAACUAUAUUCGUAACGUUUGUAACCGGAAAACUGAAAUUACAGUAUUUCGGACUUGUUGAUCCAAUCGAUGAUAUUCUAUCUUGUAAUCCUAAUAAUACCAUCAUUAAUGCCGUAGCAAGACUAAGCACAACUGAAGGCGUGGAAUCUAAUGUAUGGAAAUUAUUUUCUUCACGAAUAUUAAAUAAAGAAUUUAUUCACACAAUGUUUGAGCAAGUCAAUCAUGUAGAGAUCAAAAAAUGGAAAGCAUAUCCAAAAUAUUCAACUAAUAUUGUAAUGAAUCAAUUUAAACUUCAUGAUGCUUUAUAUUAUGUAAAUGCCAUUGAAUGGGCUGCAAGUGCAAUGGAAAUGAGUGCAAUUGGUGGUAGAAAUGUAGCAAUUUUAAUUCAUAAUAGCUAUAAACAAACUUGUAAAAACUUAUAAUAUUUAUAGCAUACGUAAAAGGUUAGGUAUAGAUUAAAAAAAAAACAGCUCUCUUUCCCUCGAUAAUAAUUUAUCAU